AUGAGUGGUGUGGAGUGUGACACUAAAAAAAAAAAAUUUCACUGUACGGUGUGUUUGGUGUUGGUUAGGUUUGGUGGUACAUAUAAUUUUUUUAAAAAUAAUAAUAAUAAUAAAAAAUAA